GGCGCCGGCCACAAUGCGCCGUGCGGGCAAUACCGAGCAACCUUCGACGGGAAACGCACGCGUACCCGGGUUAAUAUUUUAUAUAUUUUAAAUAUAUUAAGUUUUUAUACACUCGUCCAAUAUGAGAAGUUUAGUCAUUUUCGCUGUGUGCGCUUUUGUUUCUGCGCAAGAAUUCGACUGCCCUGAUAAGAGCGGCUUCUAUGCAGACCCGUACCAAUGUGACCUUUACUACAAAUGCAGCAAAGGCAAAGCGGAAGCAAAACUAUGUCCGGAUGGCUUAGUGUUCGCUGAUGAGAACCCCAACAAAGAGCUCUGUGACAUUCCCUCUAACGUUGACUGCGCAGACAGAAAAGAACUACAGGAACCAAAACCUGGCAACAAAGGCUGUCCACGUCAAAAUGGAUACUUCAAGCAUUCAGACCCUCAGGCAUGCGACAAGUUCUUCUACUGUUCGGAGGGUAUUCCCAACGAGCUCCCGUGUCCUCCCGGACUGUACUUCGACGAGGAGACUUCAAACUGUGACUGGAAGGAGUCAGUGCAGCGCACCUGUGACCAAAUCACUAAAGAUGUUCUAGAUGACGGUUUCUCUUGCCCCGACGGUGACACUAUGGGACCCAACGGCCGUGCUCUCCCUCACCCCACGUUCCCCCACCCAGAAGACUGCCAGAAGUUCUACAUCUGCCGCAACGGCGUCCAGCCACAGAAGGGCAGCUGUCCUUCAGGAAAAGUAUACAACGAGGAAACUUUCAUGUGUGACGAACCAGAGAAAGUGCAAGGAUGUGAAAACUAUUAUGAAGGACAACCCACAGAGAAGAACAAACUGCCGAAGAAGGCGUAAACGUUAGUUAGUAAGAUAUAAUAUUAGUCUUAAAAUUUAAAUAAAUAGUGUCAUAGAAUUUAAAAA